UGCUGCAUCGUGCUCGCGCUCGGGCUGCGGCGACCCCUCCUCGAUUUGCACGAGGACAGCUCUGCACAACUGCUCUACAGAACAAGUGUUUUGGCACUCAGCCCCGUCUGGAGCCAGCGCGAUGUACCCGUCUCAGAUGAAAGCGUUCAAAAGCGCCGAGCCCAAAACCCUCGGGGCAGUGGAGAUCAUUAUUGGCACACUGGCAGUCAUUCUGAGCACGAUCGUCUAUAAACUGCACUACCACAUCCAGAGGGAGAUCAUCAUCCUCAUUCUCAAUGGUGCACAGCUCAUUAUCACUGGAAUUGUCUUGGUGCACGCUGGUAGAAGGCCUACUAAAUGUCUGGUGGGUACCAACAUUGUUUUGCAGUUGCUGACUGCGGCAUUUGACAUUGUUGGAUUUGGUCUCAUGGCCAGACAUGUACCCUUCCGUGGGGAGUCCUACUAUUACAGAGACACUGAGUGGUGUUGUGAUCCACUCCAUUCAGUUUGGGCUUGCUGUGGCGAAGGGGAGAAAAGAGGUCAUAAGGAGUUUUUGGUGAACGGCAUUUUAGGCACUCUGAUUGGUUCUUUGGUGCUGGCAUGUAUAAUUGGUUUGGUGGUGGCACUUUUUGGACUGUACGCCCUGUCUGUUAGUGCUAUUAAGGAGCUGACACCCAUUCCAAACUCCACAGCAAACCCACAGUACGGUUCUGGAGGACAGGCCAAGUCUGCAAUGCAUGCUGGGAACUGACACUACAAAAGACACUCACAAUAUAUGAUCAACAAUUUUAGCACAGUUUCACACCAAUCAAAAAGAGGACUGUUUCACCUACAAAACACUCACAGGUAAAAAAAAACAAAAAAACUUUGUGACUGUAAACAAUUUCUAUGUACGUAAAAUGGCUAGCUGUCUACUGUUUGGCUGUUUUCUCACCUUCAGGCUCUGAAAAUGUGUACGAUUUUAAUAGCUUAGCUAAAUAGCUUCUAGGUCCUCAUUCCUUUUGCAAUAAUAGACAGUAGUUUCUUUGCAUGACAAUACAUCUGUAGUAGCAACAGUUAGCAAUAGAUACGAAUGCUGUAUAAUUGGAACUGUAAGGGAUCUUUUCUGAAAUGCUAAACCGUGUUAAGAUGGAUUACACUCAGAAUCUCUCAAAAUGUUUAAGCUGGACUACAACUGCUUGAGAAACUCAGAAGAACUAUGGAUGAAGAGGUAUGAUAUGGUAAACUGGUGCUCAUUUGGUGCUUGAUUAAUGCAAGCCUGGCCUGUAGUACUGAAGGACAUCAUUUGCAUGAAACAUCAGGCAAAUCAUAAAACUAGUGAAACGUAAAAAUACUAAACAACAGUUAUCAAGCUUUCCCUUAGAAAAGAAGAAUUGGGCCCUGAAAGGAAUCUGGUCAACUCAAUAAAUCAAUGAAAAUUACACAUUAAUAAAUGUUAAAUCACCAUCAGCAUAUUUGUAAGAAAUAAAUAAUACACAAAAAAUAUGCAUUUGCUUUUUUGCACUGAAGUAUAACCGUAUAAAGAUUUUGCCAAAGAAUGAAAGCUUGAUAAAUGUUACCCAGUAUACUCUAGAAGACACAUUUGAAACUGAGUGUGUUUCUAAUGGGGAGGAACAAUGUCAGAAUCAUCUAAGUGUAAACACCGAUAAAUGACUGGCAUUGCUUGGCUUUUUUUGUCAUCUUGUUUUAUCUUUACUGAUACUUCAGGAAAGCUAUGAUGACUGCCAACUUUGUAAGUGCCACCACUUGUGACCAAAAUUAUGGACACUCUAAAAACAAGUCAGAGGUUGAACCCUCAUUCAAGGGCUCAACUGGUGUAGUAAAUCCUCCUGUGGAAGCAUGUGUUGUCAGUUCACAAUACUGUUUGUGUCAGUAUAUCAUUGCCUUUAUGACAGCAUGUGAGAUUUACAUUGUGCCUGUAUUAUAUGACCUCUUUAUAUGUAGUGAUGUGAAAUGUAGACAGUUUCAUGUGUGUUUAUGGAUGAUUGAUACUUAAAAUAAAUACAAUUUACUAGA